AUUCAAGGAUGACUCAUGUCGCUGUCUCUCUGUCCGUGUGUGUUUGUGUAUUUUAACCUUCAGUCCCCUUGCCCAAAGCUCGGAAAUUGGGUGCUAGCGCACAGAGCGCAAACACGGGGGCGUGGUGCGCGGCAUUUGGAGGUUCCCACCGAGAUAUCGGAAAAGGGAAUGCUGAGAGACCGUCCUUGGAAGCCCCUCCAAGAGAGGUGGCAGCCAUGUCUGUGAGGUUGCGCUUCCUGUCUCCUGGGGAUGCCGGGGCCGUGGGGACCGUGGGCCGCAGCGCCUCCUUCGCAGGCUUCAGUGCACAAAGCCGGAGGUUCUCAAAGUCCAUCAACAGGAACUCUGUGAGGUCACGGCUGCCAGCCAAGUCCUCCAGGGCUUAUGGAACACUGCGUAAGGGCUCGCUCUGCCUGGACCCCCGGCCGCAGCAGGUGAAGAAGAUCUUUGACGCUGUGAAGAGAGGCCUCAGGGAGCACCUGUGUGAGCAGCAGGCUGAGCUGGAUUACCUGUGCGGUCACCACACCGACACCCAGAGGAGCUCCAGGCUGGCUUUCUACUAUGACCUGGACAAGAAGCAAACACGCUUGGUAGAGAGACAUGUCCGGAAGGUGGAGUUUCAUAUCAGUAAGGUGGAUGAGCUCUAUGAAUGCUACUGUAUCCAGUGGCGUCUGCGAGAUGGCGCCUCCAACAUGCAGCGUGCCUUUAGCAACAGUACCCAAAGCCGCGCCUCCCGGGAGAGCCUGCAGGAGCUGGGCCGCAACUUGCAGGAAUGCAUGGAGGACAUGUGUCUCAUAGAGGGGGCCUUGGAAGUUCACCUGGGCGAGUUCCACGUCAAGAUGAAAGGCUUGGUGGGCUAUGCACGCCUCUGUCCAGGAGACCAGUAUGAGGUGCUUAUGCGCCUGGGCCGCCAGCGGUGGCGGCUGAAGGGCCGGAUAGAGCCGGAUGACAGCCAGACCUGGGAUGAGGAGGAGAAGGCCUUUGUGCCUACCAUGCACGAGAACCUGGAGAUCAAGGUGACCGAGCUUCGAGGCCUGAGCUCAAUGGUGGUGGGUGCUGUGACUUGCGACAUCGCUGACUUCUUCACGGCCCGACCCCAGCUUGUGGUGGUGGACAUCACUGAGCUGGGCACCAUCAAGCUGCAGCUGGAACUGCUGUGGAACCCCUUGGACUCUGAGUGCCAGCUGGUGUCACCCAGCCCCACUGGCAGGUUCUCGAUGGGCAGCAGGAAGGGCUCACUGUACACCUGGACACCACCUAGCACCCCCAGCUUCCGGGACAAAUACUGCCUGUCUGUCCUCCAGCAGCCAAUGCAGCAGGCCUUGCUGCUAGGUGGGCCUAGGGCCACCUCCAUCCUCGGCUACCUGUCUGACAGUGAGCUCCAGGGCCCUCGCCUGCGGAACCGGAGCCAGGAGCGACUUGAGAUGGACUCUUUCAGCUCUGAGGACCCCAGAGACACUGAGACCAGCACUUCGGCAUCCACCUCAGAUGUGGGGUUCCUGCCCAUGCCUGCGGUACCCACGGCUUGCAUAGAAGAGGGGAUCAGGGAGGAGCCCCCACCCCUGGGCCUGCUGCCAGGCCUGGCUCAUCCAGUCAGUGGUGUGCUUGUGGAACAGCCUGGCUGGAGGGACUUGGGAGGAGAGAGGCUGACCCUGCUGCGAGAUGCCCCAGUCCACAGCCCCAUGGUGCCACAGAGCCAGAAGAACCAGGAAGAAGGAGAUGGGGAUGGAGUUGAGAGGCCUGUGCAGGAGGUCCUGGAUCUGCUGCGGUCUGCAGACACUGCUCAGCCCCAGCUCCGGGAGCUGGAGUACCAAGUCCUCGGCCUCAGGGACCGGCUGAAGCCGCGAGGGGUGCAGCCGGAACCGGUAUCAGUGCAGAGUCUGAUGGACUGUAUCCUAGAGAGCUUCGCCUUUCUGAAUGCCGACCUUGCCAGUGAUGAGCUGUCCCUGUUUGGGGGCUCCCAGGCUCCCGAGAAGGACAGUCCCCCACCUCCUCGGCCAUCAUUGAAGGUGUCACCCAGCGAGCUCACAGCCGGUGUCCCGGAGCUGGACACACUGCUCACCGUCCACCUUCAAGUCUGCAAGGCCUUGCUUCAGAAGCUGGCCUCCCCUAAUCUGUCACGGAUGGUCCAGGACUGCCUCCUGGAGGAAGCAGAGCAGCAAAGGCAGGUUCUGGAAGUGAUUUCAGUCCUUGACUCGGAGCAGGUCAGCAAGGCCAGGUCGGUUGAAGAGAUCAUCCCACAGACUCCUCACAGGAAGGGUGGCCUGGCAUUGUGGCAAGGAUGUACCCAGCCUGGCAGCGUCCUGGCUUGCCCUGCUUCUACACUCCUCAGCCAGCUUAAGAAGAUGUUCCUACAUCGAGUCCGAGGGAAGUACCCUGGCCAGCUGGAAAUAGUGUGUCGCAGGCUCCUGGAGCAGGUGGUCGGCUGUGGUGGGCUAUUGGCCACAGCGGGGCUCCAGGAAGAGCAGAUGGUCACCUGGUUCCAGUUCCACAGCUACCUUCAGCGGCAGAGUGUCUCUGACCUGGAGAAACACCUCAUCCAGCUCACCAAGGAAGUUACUCUCACUGAGGAGCUGCACUGUGCGAGUCCAGCCAAGGGCUUGAGGAAGCUGCACGGGAAACGCCUGGGCCAGCUGCAGCCCCUGCCCCAGACUCUUCAAGCUUGGGCCCUGCUGCAGCUGGAUGGACCGCCGAGGCUGUGCAGGGCUGCCAGAUCACGCCUGGCUAGUGCAGCCAGGAAUAGGCGCUUCCGGGAAAAGGCUCUGCUGUACUACACCAACGCCUUAAACGACAGUGACACCAAGCUCCAGCAGGCAGCGUGCAUGGCGCUGCAGCAGCUUGGGGGUAUUGAAAGCAUUGAACAAAUCGCCAGCCUGUGUCGGUCGGACCUGGAGGCCGUGCGGGUGGCAGCGCGGGAAGCAACACUAUCAUUUGGUGAGGAGGGCCGCCUAGCUUUUGAGAAGAUGGACAAGCUCCAGUCUGAACAAGAACUCUACCAGGAAGCAGAUGUUGAAAUCACAAUUUUCUAAGCUGUGACCAACGAGCGCCAAUCCAGCACCUUUCUUCCUUGACGCUUCCUGGCUUCCAUAGGGCGAGUUUUGAACUGAGCACCCCAGGCACUCCCUCACAAGUGUGAGCUGGGUCAGCACCCAGCCCAAGGGCACAGUGCUGUACUCCAAAGCAGGAAGAAGGGGUAUGUGGGACCUCCAAGGAUGUGGCCUACCCCAAAUGCUAUUUUUGCUUGUCUUGCCUUCCUGGGGUGCAGUGCCAGGGGCGGCUGGUGCUGGCUGAGGAUCCAAGGGUUCAAGACAGACAUGCAUGGAAUGCAAGCUCCCUGCACACCCUCUGGGACAGCUAGCCAGUGGUCAGGCCCACCUCUGACGCAUGCCAACCUGCUGCCCGUUAGAUGAAUUGCUUCAGAAGCCAGAGAUGAGGUGAGGUUUUCAUUGAGGUGGCUAUGGAGGCACACGAUGGGUUUCCUACUUGAGUGGGUAAAACACUUGAAACUGGGCAUCUGAGAUGUCCAUGAGGGGCCGAGUGGCUCUCAGGGCUGACUUAGACACCCCCAUUUAGUUAGGUGGACCAUGUGUGCUGACUUAUCUUGGUAUUUAUUUGUCUCAUUCAUGUUCAUUCUCUAAAAUCUCAAUUAAAACCUCUGUAGUGUAUGGUUUACCGUACUGCCCACGUAGAUAAGGUUGUGUCUGUAUAACCAGGCGGGAGAGGGUGGCAGACACCACAGGACUCUGUAGAACCCAUCGGGGAUCCUCGCUACACUUGAUUCCCACGCUCAUAGCAGACUGCCCUCCUCUGGGGACACUUUGAGAAUACCCCAGGCCUUUGCAAGCCUUUACCUGACGGGGUUUGUCCCAUACCUGAAGCUUUCCGCUGGGACAGUGGGCACAGCACUUCCAUGGUUCUGGGGCGCCAGGAUCAUAGCAGGGACCACUUCACAAGAAAUUGUGAAACUGAGAGGUACAGGGCUCUACUUUUUUUUGCGGGGAGGGGGGGGGGAAGGCGGUGAGACAGGGUUUCUCUGUGUAGCCCUGGCUGUUCUGGAAUUUGCCCUGUAGAUCAGGCUGGCCUUGAACAUACAGAUCUCUCUGCCUCUUGUGGUGGCUUUAAAGUAGGGCUGUGCUUUCUACUACAUCUGUCAUCGCCAAGUCUGAACUGAAACAGCCACUUGGGGACCCUAUAUGCUGAGUCUUGUACAUGAACUUUUGGGUCUCAUUUCAAUCUCUGUCAUGUAUACAUCAAAUGUGGCGUUAUGGAUGUCCUGAGACGGGAUGACCAUGGUGUGUGACAGGCAGCUGGCCGAGGUGUGGUGUGGAGCCUGAAACAGGGACUCCAGUGAUGCCUGUAGGCCUUGUUCAAGUACUGCAAGGUGCCAAAGAGCAGAUUCCUGAACAGUGUGGAGGUCCCGAGUGAAGGCAGGCUGGCCAGCUACUAGCACUCGCAACCCAGAGCACGCUAACCCUGCAGGGCAGACAUCUAUCUCAUGCAGUCAAGGACUGCCCAUCCUGGCUCAGGUCUGUCAGGUAAAGAAACAGGAAGCAUCUCACAUCUAUGUUCUUUAAAAACAUUUAUUGUUGCAACUAAAAUGCAGACCCAUUAGUGAUUCGGCAAGUUGGAAAUGGUGCAGUCCGACAGUUCUGUUAGGUCACAGAAAACCCUGAGACACCCCCACCGGGGCAUGCACCACCCCACACACCUGCAAAGGUACUAUAUCAGAAAACUUUUUUGUUGUUGUUGGUUUUUAUUUUUGUAAAAAUGGUUUAUUCUAUGGCCAUCCAAAAAAAAAAAAAAACCACCUGCUGAGUAAA